GUGACCAGGUUAGUUUACGAAGCCGAAUUCAGCCACCCAGAUACAAGAUGAUCUCCUAAAAAUGAUCGCGAUCUCCUUGAAAAAUCUGUCAGACAGAAUCAUGCCGUGCAAACGACCCUUCGCGGUAUGGCUCACUUAAACGAGACGAGUGUUUUCAAGCUUUGAGACGUCUCGUACUGGUUGAUGACAUUUACUGGGACGCAACAGCAGAUCAGUGUGCCAGCGGACAGAGACAAAGGGAAAGGCUUGCGAUAGCUAGAAUGCUUUGGGCCUAAAAGGAGUCAAGAGCCGAGUGGUACGGUCUGCAGACAGACGGUAUCCUCCCCUCCCUAAGUCAGAUUUGCUCAACUCCCAGGAAAUACAGCAGAGACGAUUGAAGUGUGAAAACUGCAGAUCAAGAAACUUUACCUCAAAGUGGAUGGUACUAAACGGGAGGGAGCCGUAGCUGGAAAACACCAUCGAGUUGUGUGGAAUUUUCUCUCAAUCCUCUUCCAAUGGUUCAUUGGUUGAGGCCAUGGCCUCUCAGUCAGGCAACAUGAACCGUGAAGACCGGAAUGUGCUCCGUAUGAAAGAAAGGGAAAGGAGAAAUCAAGAAAUCCAGCAGGGAGGAGAGGCCUAUCCAGCUAACUCCCCACUCUUUCCUGAACCUUAUAAAGUUCAGUGCAAGGAAGAUAAACUCUCCAGUCGCAUCCAGAGCAUGCUGGGCAAUUACGACGAAAUGAAAGAGACCAUCGGCGAACCUCCAAUGUCCAAACUCAUUCCUAAAGCCUCCAGCACCUCCUCCGAGGAGAAAUCCGGUCAGUACAGUGACCAGCGCGGAGGAGGCACCCAGAGCCAGAACAACAAAUGGACUCCUGUCGGCCCGGCUCCCAGUGCCUCCUCUUCCUCCUCCACCACCUCCUCUUCACAGAAACGUUCAUCCAUGCAGAGCAGCCACAGUGGCGGCCAGCGUAGCGGCAGCCAGCGGCAUGAGCGAGAAUACAGCAGUAGCAAAAAGUCGAGCAAGCACAGCUCCGAGCACAAGUCUCAUGCCACUUCCAGUCCGGCCAAGAGCUCUGUGAGCUCCGGAAGCCAAUCGCGGUCACUAACAGCCGACCACGGCAAGGAACGCUACCGCUCCAAGUCACCCCGGGACCGAGAGGCGAACUGGGACUCGCCCUCAAGGGUUCAUUCUUUCUCCAGCGGGCAACAUCCCAGCCAGGCCUUCCCACCCUCGCUUAUUAAGCCCAGCUCCAUGCUUCAGAAGCCCACCGCGUAUGUGCGGCCCAUGGACGGCCAGGAGACAGCCGAGCCCAAGACUUCCUCAGAGUCGUAUGGUGGCCAGUCGCACAGCAGCGCCAUGGGAGAAAUGAAAACCAACGGCAAGGCUUCACUCACUAAGCUCAAGAUUCCAACGCAGUCCGUCGAUGGUUCAAUGGGAGGAGAUGCAAGCUGUGUUGAUGAGAUUUUGAAGGAAAUGACUCAGGUCUGGCCUCCUCCACUUACAGCCAUUCACACCCCCUGCAAGACAGAACCUUCAAAGUUUCCAUUUCCCACCAAGGAUGGCCAUCACCUGUCUUUUGGGGCACACAAAAAAACCUCAGGGAAGACCCCGUCCAGUCACCCGUCAAAGCCAGCCGACAGUGACCAAGCUAACAUGCUGCAUGAUGAUCUGAAGCUCAGCAGCAGUGAAGACAGUGAUGGAGAGCAUGAUCCUGCCAAAAACACACCCAGAAACACUUCAGCAAGUAAUAACAGUAAUAAUAGCGAGGGUGCCGAGCGCGAGGACACCAGCAGUCAUAGCGGCUCGGAGAGCAGUUCCGGUUCUGACAGUGAAAGCGAGAGCAGCUCGACAGACAGCGAGACCAACGAACCUCCACGUCCUGCGUCACCUGAGCGUGAACAGCCCACGGCUAACAAAUGGCAGUUGGAUAACUGGUUUAAGAAGGUGAACAAGUUAUCCCCAGCUUCUCCAUUGGAGAACAGCAGCACAACGCCAAGAAAGAAAGAGGGGCGAGAAACCUCAAACAGAAGCUACAGCGGCCAGAGCUCCAAAGAUCCGACUCCCACCCCAGGACGAGACCUUCGGCCCACCCAGAAGGGCUCCGAAAGCUGGCGAGGACGUCAGAAGUCUCCCGCCCAGAGCGAGGGCGGAAGUCAGAGCGGGCGACGGGUGGUGGGCAAGAAGCAGCCCAGGAAGCCUGAGAAGCCUCCUGUCAUAGAGGAACCGAAGGGUGGACUGAAAGUGGAGACCGAACCCUCACCCGAGAUCCCGUCGCACAGGGCCCGUGCAGCCAACAAGGGCCCCCGCAAGCCCAACAUCAAGAAGGACCCCAAAACCUCGUCUCCUCGUCCCGCUCUGGACAAACGCAAGAAACCACCCAGCAAGUCCCGUGAGUUUGUGGAAUCUGAUUCGUCGUCCUCAGACUCAGAAGGCAACGAGAGUGUCCCGUCUUCUUCGCAAACGCCAAGGGAGCAUUAUGCCGAGAAUCCAUCUGUUCUCUUCUCGCCCAUGCUCUCACCGCUGAGUGACCCAGAAGAGAGGCUUCCGCCCAGACUGCUGGUGCAGAUCGACCUCAGUCUUCUGUCCCGAGUGCCCGGGCGACUGUACAAGGAUGCAGAGGUGAAGGUGGAGAGGGAUUCUCCAGCAGAGGGCAAGGACUUCCAGAAGCAGCCUGGUGAAAAGGGAGCUAACAGGGGCAAGAGGAAACGGCAGAAUGAUGAUGGUGGUGUCAAGCCAGAGAGUAAGAAAACCAAACAAGACGAGAAGUCAUCACACAAAUCAAGCAGUAAAGACUCAUCUAAGCGUGCUCAGGAUAAGGAGAAGGAGUCGGUGCCCUCUCCGUCCAUCACGCUGCAGCAGACGUCCAAGUCAGAACACCAGGGUCGCAAGCGGACGCUCAGCCAGUCCUCCACCUCUGUGCCCAGCAGCGGCAGCAGCAAGAGCAGCUCCAACUCCAAACACCGCAAAGGCGACGACAAACCCGCACGCAGAGAUGCCAAGGAGAAAAGCUCUAAAACAGAGAAUCCUCUGGCCCUGGCGCCCCUCUCUGAAGGCUCGAAGUCCAGAUCCAAACUCCUGUUUGAGGACAGGGUUCAUUCAGCUGACCAUUACCUUCAAGAGGCGAAGAAACUGAAACACAAUGCAGAUGCUCUGAUGGACAGGUUUGAGAAGGCUGUGUAUUACCUGGACGCUGUGGUGUCUUUCAUUGAAUGUGGAAACGCUCUGGAGAAAAGCGCUCAGGAGGCCAAAUCCCCCUUCCCUAUGUAUGCAGAAACUGUGGAGCUCAUCAAGUACACUAUGAAGUUAAAGAGCUAUAUGGCCCCAGACGCUACUUCAGCUGACAAAAGACUAGCAGUGCUGUGCCUGAGGUGCCAGGCUCUCCUCUAUCUGAGGCUGUUCAAGCUACGGAAAGAAAGUGCACUAAAAUACUCGAAGACACUCACCGAACAUUUGAAGAAUUCAUUGAGUAAUACCCAAGCUGCAUCUCCUGGAGUAGCAAAUAAAACGGCCGGGAUGCCGUCUCCGGUCUCUCCUAAACUCUCUCCGGGCAGUGCGGGCAGCUACUCCUCCAGCAGCUCCAGUCAGAGCGCCAGCUCCUCCGUCACCAUCCCUCAGCGCAUCCACCAGAUGGCAGCCAGCUACGUGCAGGUCACCUCCAACUUCCUCUACGCCACUGAAGUGUGGGAUCAGGCCGAGCAGCUCGCCAAAGAGCAGAAAGAGUUCUUUGCUGAAAUGGAUAAGGUGAUGAGCCCACUCAUCUUCAACACCAGCACUAUGACAGAACUGGUGCGGUACACGCGGCAGGGCCUGCACUGGCUACGACUCGAUGCCAAGCUCAUACCGUAGAGCUGUCUCAAGAGCACCCCCUGUGGCCAUGCGCUUUAUUCGUAGCCCUCUCUAUGCCUACGCAAAACACUUACACACUUUAUCUGCCUCAGACAUUCUCUGUGACACUGUGUCUCAUUUGUACACCAGCUUGCCAAAAAAUGAAAACACUUCGUGUCCCACUCCGCCACGACAAACCCUGCGAAUAUUCAUGAGAGAGAAGGCAGCCAAACCACAUACACUGCGUUGUCCUGUUCCUAUCACAGGCUUGUUUCAGACAAAAAGCCAUCUUCCUCAUUUUUUCAUUUGUAGUUUUAUUGUUUUUUUCCCCCUGUUUUUGAUUUCUUGUUUGUUUUCAAGCUGAAAGCAAUCACGAAUAAUAAUUUUGGCAUUUAUAGCUUUUUAUUUCAAACCAAAGUACCUCCCUUUAACCAAAGGUGCUUUAAAAUUGAGGUUUUCUCCUUUUAUCGUUUUAUUGUGCCUUGUAUUUGAUAUACAGGAAACUAGGAGAAACAGUAUCUUGAAAUACACAUAAAGAAAGGUUUGAUAUGGGACUGGAGUUGAGUUGUUGGACAGGAACACAUGGCCCAUGGCAAGUUGGAGGAUUACUGAAGGGAUUUAAAUGAGUAUUGGAGAGAAAGCAUGUAUUUAUCGUUAAAUUAAUGUAGACGGGUGUCAAGGCAUGCGCAGAAUGUCAUCGUAGUAUGGCAAGCCCUUUUCACAUUUAAUCAUGUGCAGGAUAUGAAUUAUAGAAAUCUACAAUUACAUUUUUCACUAGGUAAAAUGCUAAUUCUUUAUCAGCAGUGGAAUUACUACUAGUAAAAAUGCUUAUAAUUGGGUUUUCAUUAGAAAAAACGUUACUUUUUUUAUUUUAUUUUUUUAUGGUGUCAUUAUUCAAUACUCCAUUGCUACUCUUAUUUCCGGCCUGGAAAUUAGUACUAGUUCUAAUAAAAAACUACUUUUGACAUUUGUAACUGGAUUUUUACUAGUAGAAUUUCACAUUUAUCUGUCAUUCAAUCAAAUUCACAUAUCAGCAAUGUACUACUUACUAGUAAAAACUAUAUUUUUUUCAUAUCAAUAAUUACGUUGUUACUGGUGCAAAUGUCCAUUCCUGAAAAUAACAAUUGAAAUACAACUAAUAAAAUGCAAAUUUUUAAUAUCUGUAAUUUGUUUUUUUUUACUUGUGGCAAUGAUAAUUUUAGAUCUGUAAUGUUAUUGUAACUAUUAAGAAAGCCUUUUUAAGAUAUCUUUAAUUUAUUGAUAUUUAAAAUCCAUUUCCGGGUACCUCAAAUACCAAAUCUAAAAUGUUGCAAUACAUUUACACAUCAAAAAUGUGCAUUUUUGCUAGUUGUAAUUCAGUUGUUGAUAUCAGGAUUGGAUAUUUGUAUUAGUAACAAUGUAAUUGAUUUCAACAAUUGUAUUUAAUUGAAUGUAGUUGAGAUAAACAAUUAAAAUUUGUAUUAGUAAGAAGUACUUAGCUGAAAUGUGAAAAUGGAAUUUCAACUAGUAAGAAAUUAUUUAUAGAUAUCUGUAAUUGUGUUUUGAACAGGAGUGAAUGACAGAUCAUUGUGAAACUCUACUAUUAAAAAUGCAGUUACAGAUGUUCAUAAUUAUGUUUUUUACUAGUUAAAAUUAAAUUUUUGAGAUCAAGAAUUUGUAUUUUCGCAAGUAAUUGUCAAUUUUGAUAUCAAGAAUUAAAAUUUUUACUAGUGUGAAUGUCAUUGCUGAUUUCAAAAAUUAGCAUGUUAACUAGUAAAAAUUAAAUGAUUAAAUGUCAAAAGGGCUUGCCAUACACGUUGACCGUGCAGAGUGUUCAAAUGUUGCUUUUUCUUGAUGGUCCUAUCAAGAGCAACAAUAGACAAGUCAAUGGUGAAUUGCUUUGCCAGAUGUUAUUCCGUCUUAUUGCAAGACCAAAAGGCUAUAAAGCACCAUAUCGAAGUCGUAUUUUGACAGACGCUUCUUGGUAACAUUGUAAACACCCAAUACGUCAUUAUUACGCCCUGUCGGAUCUGUAAACGUCAGUACCAAGAACGGCAGGGCCAAGGUUUUUAUAUGAAAUGUAGCACUCACAUAGGUGUCGCUCUCUCACUGUUGGUUUUCUGGUAUUAAACAUAGGAGUAUUUUAGUACUGUGGCGACUUACUCGGCCUAAUAUAGAUUUUAUUUAGAUAAUGGCAAAUCGCUUUGUUCCAAGUUGCAUUUUCACUCUCAGAAGUUUUUCGCCGUGGAUACAGGGUUGCAAUACAAGAUGAGAGACGUAUUUCUAUUGUAUAUGAAAAUAUCAUAUUUAAAUAUUUAAUGUGAGUCUUGAGGUUUCCUCUAUAGUGUCAUAGUCACCUGUGUUUUGCAGUUCUGUUUAAAGAAAUCAGUCAUGUAAGGAAUAUAUUUAUGAUGCGUUCUAUUGACGAUUGCAGUUUAUAUUUGUACAUAUUACAUUACAUAUUACAUUGUGUAAUUUUAGUGUGGACUGGCCCACCACCCAUAUGCAUUGCUCUUUUCCAGUAACACAAUAAGACAAAACAUUUCGUCAUAGAACGACAAUAGAGGAGGAUGGAGUGAAAAGCGAUUACGAUCAAUCCACAAUAUACAAAAUGCUGGAAAUAUAUCAUCUCUUGACUUGCACUAAAAUAUUUCCUCUCAUUGGCUCCCUGUUUUAUCUGUAGGGAUAAACUGUUUCCACUGUCUAUGCAGAUGUUUCGAGGACAGUCUUCUUGAGCUUGUUUGUGCAGGACUCCUUUGAUCGGUCGAAAUGUAAACUUGUAUAUCGAUCUUAAACAUCUAAUGGCUGGCAACUAGGUUUAUCACUGGUGUGCUUGUAAUUUUCUUCCGUCUUGCAGAAUAAGUCAUUUGAGAUUUGAUUUAGGAGUCAAAUGUUUGUUAAUCAUACUUUUAUGUAAAUUAAUAAUUCAUGCACUAAUGAGUUUUUAUUAUCAGAUUUGUGAUAAGAAAGUGACUGCAUAAGAAUAGGAUUUGCUAAAAUGAUAUUCCCAUGGCCUUUAUGCUUUUUGACACAUUAGUUUAGUUUGUUGUGGUGUGUCCGGUGUGUCCGGUGUGUCUGUGUGUCUGUGUGUCUGUGUGUGUCUGUGUGUGUCUGUGUGUGUGUGUGUGUGUGUGUGUGUGUGUGUGUGUGUGUGUGUGUGUGUGUGUUUGUUUCUGUUUUUAAUGUUAUCUUUUAUACUAGACUUCAUGACAGUGCUUUUAGAGGAUUAGAAGAAUUAAAAUCCAUCUUUAAUUUUCUUAAUGAUAUAACUUUAUCCAGGGUAAGAUGCUUUUUUUCUUUUGUCUGAUUGAAAAUAACUCUUGCAUGUUUCUAUUUAAAUACUAAGUUGUACAAAUGUACAUAAAAAGUCUCUUUGGGUAAAUUUUUACAGCGGUUUAACAUUUGUAUUAAUUGUAUAUAGAAUGUGGAAAUAUUAUAUGCACAUUUACAUAACACAUUUUUCCCCUUUUUUUUAAGUUAUGACACUUUCAACAGAACACUGUAUGUUAGUACAUCAGGAUGGUUGUUUUCCUCCCAAGUAACUCAUUACUGUACUGAUUUUCUUUGCUGUAUGAACAAGGCUUGUCUUAUGUCAGUUAGUUUUAUCAUGCUGUUUAAAUAGGAUUUAUGCUGUUGACCAUAAGGAUGAUUGUCCCCGAACAUGACCAUUAAUGAUGUUGGACUGCUAAACUUUAUCUAAGAAAGCCUCCACAGAUAGCGAGGGAGGUCAUUAUGUUGAGUGAGUCUAGAUGUCUGUAUGUAGUACUCAUUUUAUAAUUAAAUAAUUAAAAAACAAUCACUGGCAAAGACAGUAUAGACAGACAGUUCAAUUUAGUUUUAAAGUAUUGGGAUGAGAUUGACAAAAGAAAGAAAUCCCCACACACACACACACACACACACACACACACACAUAUAUAUAUAUAUAUAUAUAUAUAUAUAUAUUCAUAUUAUGGAUGCAAUAUGAUCUAUGAUUUAAAGGUACUCUUACGAGCCUUGAUUAUCCAAACUUGUAAUUUAAACACUUUUUUUGUGAAGCGAGUAUUACUAAUGGAUUUUCUGAGUCUGUUGCGAAUCAUCUUUGUAUUUUGCUGUAUGGAAAAUAAAAUAUAUAUGAUUAUGGAA